AUGCAGGACUUGCCGUCCACGAAUUUCCGUUACACCUCCCUCACGUCAAACUAUUCGUUCACGCUGUUCAAGGAAUUGAGCGAUUCCGUCGAGGGCAACGUAUUCGUCUCCACGUACAGCGUUCAAUUUCUGUUGGUGCUUCUAGCUUUAGGGUCCAAGUCCAAGACAGGCGAUCAACUCAAGACACUGCUACGCUUGCCGCAAAAGAAUGCAGAGCCGAAUUACGACAACAUCAAGUCGGUCAUGACAAACAUCGAAGAUCCUGACUAUUUGACCAUUGCCAAUGCAGUAUUUACGGAUAUGGCGUUCGUUUUGAGAAACGAUUACGUGGAUAAGGUUCGUGUCUACUUGAAUGCUGAAGUGAAGAGUCUCGAUUUCGCCGGCAAUCCUGAAAAAGAAGUAUCGGAAAUCAACAAGUGGGCCGAACACGAGACCGACGGAAAAAUUUCCAACAUUUUCGAACCAGGUACCAUUGACAGGGACACGGUGUUGGUUUUGGCUUCGGUCGCAUACUUCCGAAAUGCUUGGAAAAACCAAUUCGCGGAUACGAAGAACGCGAGUUUCUGCCUUACGCCUUCGAAGCACAUCGACGUCGAAAUGAUGCACCAAAGGGGCCUUUUUCGAUACCACCACGACGACCGUUACAAGUUUUCCACCGUCGAACUGCCUUAUAAAGCAGGUGGUUUCGAUAUGCUGGUCAUACUGCCGGACAGAGCUGACGGGUUGCACGAUUUGGAGAACGCGUUUCUGAAGGACUCGAAAAACUUCGCGUACUUGCAGGGCAACCUGACCGUCCACGAUGUCACGGUGGACGUGCCGAAGUUUAAGUUCGAAUCCGACGUCAGUCUCAUAAAAACAAUGGAAAAAUUGGGUUGUACCGAGAUGUUCACGUCGAGUGCCGAUUUCUCUUAUAUCAGUACGUCUGGAGCGGGCAAGCUGAAAGUUAGUGACAUCAAACAUAAGGCCUUCGUGAACGUCGACGAAAACGGCACCGAAGCCACAGGCGUCACUGGCUACAGCUCGAAACACAAAAAGUCAGAACACGGUCCGAGUGACGUCAAAGCCGUUAAGUUCCACGCGUGCCAUCCGUUCAUGUUCAUUAUAAAAAAAAACACAAACAUCAUUUUUAUGGGUAGAUUGUCCAACCCGAACGCUUAG